AUGGCGGGUCGCGGUGCGUGCCUACGGGUCCCGCCGCCGCCCGCGCUCUCCGCGCUGCUGUCACGCCGCGCCGCGCCGCGCCGUCAGUGCGCCGGUGGGAGCGGGCUGCGCCGCUCGUGUUCUCGCAGCCCGCUAGUCGACGAUCCCGCGUGCAGUGCAAAUGAUUUUGUUUUUAUGGCGCUCAUAUUACUACAAGUGUUGGUGCUGGGUGUGACCGCGGCGGCAGUUGACGAUGUGCCGGUGAGAUGGGUGGGCCCGGCGCGGCAGUGGCUGGCGUGCGAGGUAGCCGGCCCGCGCCGCGCACCACCGCCGCCGUUGCUCGAUGAUGACCGCCACAAACACAAGCCAUAUUUCUGGCGAAGAGAUGGAGAGAAGCUCGAUUAUAAAAGGGUGUCAACGAAUGGCAGCCUGGAGGUGUUCCACAAGAGGGAUGUGGAGGGGGUGUACCAGUGCGGGGUACACCACCACCGGGGAAUCGUGCUCGGCAACCCCGUGCAUCUUAAAUUUGCAUACAUGGACAAGCAAUUCUCACGUCACCCGGAGAACAUGACAGUGCCCCUGGGGCAGCCGGCGGCUCUCUCGUGCGGCAUCAAUUCGGGCCCCCCGCCCCUCAUCUCCUGGCUGAGGGACGGCGAGGAUCUACCAAAGGAUUCUAGAUAUCACAUAUUGGAGACGCAGUUGUUAAUCAUAGACGUGACGCCAGAGGACGCUGGCACCUACAAAUGUAUAGCAACGAACCAGUUGGCAAAUAGAAGCCGUGUAAGCUACAGCGGCAGUCUGCAGGUCCUGGCUUCAGACGACAGAGAGCCUGGCCUGCUGGAAGUGCACCACGCCGCGCAGAUCGUGGCGCCCAGGGGAACAGAUGUGGAGCUCCUCUGUCCCGUUCUUGGAUGGCCCAGACCAAAGCUGACAUGGCGACAGACGCCACCGGGAGAGAGGUCUCGAGAACUGGAGACGACAGCCGAGGUGUUGGUGCUGCGCAACCUGCAGACGGACCAGGAGGGCCUCUACACCUGCGAGGUGGAUGGGCUUCCUCAACUCAACAAGAGUUUCAACGUGAGUAUGUUCGAGGCUGUGACCGUGUCUCUGGUGCCCGCGUCUAAAGAAGUGCUGCGCGCGAGCACCGUGCGCUUCAACUGCUCUGCGACCGGCAGACCGGAGCCUCGCAUCUCCUGGUACAAGGACGGACAGCCCCUCACCCUCGCCGGCAGGAUAAAUCUGCGGUCAUCCACCGACGUGAACCGCAUGCAGCUCGUCAUCAGCGGAGUGACGUCUGACGAUGCAGGCGUGUACCAGUGCGUGGCGCGGUGCGGGGGGGCGGGGCGGUGGGCGUGGUCGUCUGCGUGGGCGGCGCUGAAUGUGACGGGGGCGUGGGCGGCGGCGCCGGGCGCGCUGCGCUGCCUGCCGGCCGGGCCGCGCCGCGUGGCGCUGCGCUGGCUGCCCGCCGCAGAGAAAGUCGUCGCCUACACCGUCGAUACCACACCUAGAGACGGACCGGGAAUCUCGCUGACGGGGCAGCCGCAGACGGGCACUGAGCAAGUUAUCACCCUAAAGGAACCGCUCACUCCUUACUUCUUCCAGGUCCGAGCGUACAUCCCCUCGUCUAACAAGAAGAAUGUGGCGAGCGAUAUGUCGGAGAGCGUCGUCUGUCAGGGACAGGGAGUGCCGGUGCGCGUGUCACGGGCGGACGGUGCGGGGGGCGUGUCAGGGGGCGUAUCGGUGUCGUGGCGGCAGUUCGCGCGCGAUGCGGGGGGCGUGGUACAGUGGGUGUUGCAGCACAAGCCGGACAACGCCACCGUGGAGCACAACAUCACGCUGCCCGGACACGUCACCAACUACACUCUGCCAGCGGACGCUAGCACGGCGUGGGUGCGCGUGCUGGGCAGCCGCAACCUGACCUGGCUGCCUCAGGACCUCAGCUUGCUGCCCUGGACCUCCACGGCCAGCGCGGACCUCUCGCCCUACAGCGAGGCGGGUCCGGUGCCGGAGCGAGUGCGCGUGUCGGGGGUGGGGGGGCGCGGGUUCGCGGUGCAGUGGCAGUGCUCGCGCUGCGCCGACACCCCGCACCUCGCCUUCCGCCUCUGCUUCCGCAACACCGACGGCGACGGCGACGGCGACGAGGAGUGCCAGGAGAGCUACAAGAGCAGCGCGACGGUGGAAGGUCUGGAGCCGGGCAGCGAGUACGAGGUGCGCGUGCAGGCGGUGGCGGCGGGGGGCGGGCCGCGCGGCGCCUUCAGCGAGCCCGUGCGCGUCGCCACGCAGCCUGAAGUGUCGUCGUCAGGUCCGUGGCCGGUGGGCGAGCUGUCGUACGCGUACGUGAACGUGUCGGCGGUGCGCGUGCGGUGGCGCGGCGCGGCUCAGCGCUACACGGUGCGGCACAGCGCACGCCUGCGUCUGCCUGUCGAGCAGUGGGACGCCCUAACCACGGUCAACACCACCGCGCUUAUAACCGGCCUGGAGCCAACGGAGCAAUGUUACGUGAUGGUAACUGGGCACGAGCCUCAGGGGCACAGCCGCAUCCUCACAAUUCCCGCGCAGUUCAAGGAUCUAGAAGCGAAGGAGCUGAAGUACGUGUACACGCGCGGGGGCGUGCGCGUGUGGUGGGAGGGAGGAGGUGGAGGAGGUGGGGGCGAUGGGGGAGGUGGGGGCGGCGCGCGCAUUGUGCGGGUCGUGCGUUACGCGCAGAACAUCACGCGCCCCGUGGAGCACUGGCUCGCGCGCAACGUCUCCGACACGCACGUCGAGGUGACCAACAUUACCACUGACACAUUCUGUUUGCGUGAUGCACACCGUGAUUGCUGCUUUCAAUGUGUUACUCUGUCGUCAGCUGGAUGA